UUUCCUCCGCCUCUGGUUGUCAAGAAGAUGGCAGCUUCCAGGCAGGCAUGAGAGGAAAUACUUCUUCAAAAAUCGAAUGAAUUUGGAUUAUUGCUACAAGAUCGGAGCACAUACCCGUAUUUUUGCAUUAACUGCAUCGUCUCAAAAGUCAUGUCUGCCCCUGGCUCCGCGGUGUCUGGGACCACGGCGUCGGUUCUGCAGCCGCGAUGGAAACGGGUCCUCGGAUGGUCUGGUCCUGUUCCCCGGCCCAGACAUGGACACAGAGCCGUGGCUAUAAAAGAACUUAUGGUUGUUUUUGGCGGUGGAAACGAAGGGAUUGUUGAUGAGUUACAUGUAUACAACACUGCAACAAACCAGUGGUUUAUCCCAGCAGUCCGUGGUGAUAUCCCCCCAGGUUGUGCUGCAUAUGGCUUUGUGUGUGAUGGGACAAGGUUGCUGGUAUUUGGUGGAAUGGUGGAGUAUGGGAAGUACAGCAAUGACCUUUAUGAACUGCAGGCCAGCAGAUGGGAAUGGAAAAAGUUGAAAGCAAAAAAUCCGAAGAACGGCCCCCCUCCUUGUCCUCGUCUUGGUCACAGCUUUUCAUUGGUUGGCAACAAAUGUUACCUGUUUGGUGGGUUGGCCAAUGACAGUGAAGACCCAAAAAACAACAUUCCCAGAUACCUGAAUGAUUUGUACACACUGGAGCUUCGUCCUGGUUCCAGUGUGGUCGGAUGGGAUAUUCCGAUCACAUAUGGAGUCCUGCCUCCCCCACGUGAGAGCCACACCGCUGUGGUGUACACAGAAAAGACAAGCCGGAAGUCUCGCUUGAUAAUCUAUGGAGGAAUGAGCGGUUGUCGUCUUGGAGAUCUUUGGACACUUGAUAUUGACACCCUGACAUGGAACAAACCAUCAGUAAGUGGUACAGCGCCACUUCCACGAAGUCUUCACUCUGCCACCACAAUCACAAACAAGAUGUAUGUUUUUGGAGGAUGGGUUCCAUUGGUUAUGGAUGAUGUAAAAGUGGCCACACACGAGAAGGAGUGGAAAUGCACGAACACACUUGCCUGCCUAAAUCUCGACACCAUGUGUUGGGAAACAGUGUUGAUGGACACUCUUGAAGAUAACAUCCCCAGGGCUCGUGCCGGCCAUUGCGCUGUGUCCAUCAAUUCCAGGCUCUAUGUCUGGAGCGGCCGUGACGGUUAUCGCAAAGCAUGGAACAACCAAGUCUGUUGUAAAGACCUUUGGUACCUGGAAACAGAGCGGCCUCAUGCUCCUGCUAGGGUGCAGCUAGUACGUGCCAAUACAAACUCUUUGGAGGUGAGCUGGGGUGCAGUUUCCACAGCAGAUACCUACUUGCUGCAGCUGCAGAAGUAUGACAUCCCCGCAACGCCUGCUGCUGCAUCUCCAGCCAUGAGUGCAACCCCAUCGCAGCCUGUUAACUCUCCAAAGAGCCCUGCACCAGCUGCUGCAGCUCCCUCCACACAGAGCUUACCACAGACAGCUGUUUUAAAGGUUGCAGCUCAACAGUCUCCCACUGGCCCAUCUGUUGUCACAGUACGCCCCAGCCAGCCUGGGAAAUCCCCUGUCACUGUGACAUCUCUUCCUGCAGGUGUUCGUAUGGUAGUACCUGCUCAAACCACCCAAGGAUCGCCGAUUGGAAGUAGCCCUCAGAUGAGUGGCAUGGCAGCAUUAGCUGCUGCAGCUGCAGCUACACAGAAGAUCCCACCUUCCUCUGCAGGCACUGUCCUCAAUGUUCCUGCAGGUGCAACCAUUCUCAAAACAGUUGCUGUUUCCCCUGGCACAACCACAGUCAAAGUGGCUUCUCCAGUAAUGGUCAGUAACCCGGCAACCCGGAUGUUGAAGACAGCUGCCGCCCAGGUGGGCACAGCAACUGCCUCCUCACCCACCACCACCAGACCCAUCAUCACUGUGCACAAGUCUGGUGCAGUUACGGUGGCUCAGCAGGCCCAGGUGGUAACCACUGUGGUUGGAGGAGUCACCAAGACCAUCACGCUGGUUAAGAGUCCCCUCACCAUGGGCAGCAGUGGCACUCUGCAGAUCUCCAACCUUGGCAAGAUGAUGUCUGUGGUACAAACCAAGCCAGUGCAGACAUCAGCUGUCACAGGCCAGGCUUCCACUAACCCCCUCACACAGAUCAUACAGACAAAGGGUCCCCUCCCUGCCGGCACCAUCCUGAAGCUGGUGACUUCUGCAGAUGGCAAACCAACAACAAUCAUCACAACUUCCCAGGCAGGAGGCACAGGAAACAAGCCCACUAUCCUUAACAUCAGCGGCGUCUCACCCACCACCACUAAGCAGGGCACCACCAUCAUUAAGACCAUCCCCAUGUCGGCCAUCAUGACCCAGCCCGGAGCUACAGGUGUGACAAGCAGCGCAGGCAUGAAAACGCCGAUAACAAUCCUUACCACAAAAGUAAUGACCACUGGAACUCCUGGUAAAAUCAUCACUGCAGUACCCAAACUUGCCACUGCAGCCGGCCAGCAGGGACUGACGCAGGUGGUAUUGAAGGGUGCUCCUGGACAACCUGGGACUAUUUUGCGCACUGUGCCCAUGAGCACCGUGGGUGGUGUUCGUCUUGUUACUCCAGUCACCGUGUCUGCCGUUAAACCCACUGUCACCACGCUGGUUGUCAAAGGGACUACUGGAGUCACCACUCUGGGCACAGUAACUGGUACAGUUACCACAAGCUUGGCAGGAGGCACAAGUGAUAAUUCCAAUGCCUCUCUGGUGACCCCCAUCACCACACUGGGAACCAUUGCUACGCUGUCCAGUCAGGUCAUCAGCCCUGCUGCCAUAACUGUGUCAGCUUCCCAAACUAGUCUGACUUCUACUUCUGCACUGCCCUCCUCUGCCAUCACAGUGCAGAACCAGCCCACCCAGGUGACUCUGAUCACAACUCCCAGUGGUGUAGAGGCUCAACCAGUACAGGAUCUACCUGUAUCUAUCCUGGCUUCGCCAACCUCUGAACAGCCCAGCUCCACUGAGACUGGAGCAGCUGGGGAGGGCUCUGGCACUGUAACCCUGGUCUGCUCAAACCCUCCUUGUGAGACCCACGAGACCGGAACCACCAACACAGCCACCACCUCGUCUGCCACCAUUGGAGGACAGGUGUGCUCUAACCCACCCUGCGAGACCCACGAGACCGGAACCACCAACACAGCCACCACCUCGUCUGCCACCAUUGGAGGACAGGUGUGCUCUAACCCACCCUGCGAGACCCACGAGACCGGAACCACCAACACAGCUACAACUGCAUCUUCAGACAUGUCUGUGCUACGUGUGUGCUCAAACCCACCAUGUGAGACCCAUGAAACGGGGACAACUAACACAGCUACAACAGCGUCAUCAAACAUGGGAGGAGUCCAGCAGGUGUGCUCCAACCCACCCUGUGAGACCCACGUGACAGGCACUACCAACACCUCCACCCAAGCUUCUUCCAACAUGAAUGCAGAGCGGACAGGAACCGUGCAGAGCGUGUGCUCCAACCCACCCUGCGAAACCCACGAGACGGGGACAACCAACACUCCGUCCACAGCCACCUCCAGCAUGGGAGGGGACCAGACCAGCACAGCAGCAGGCCUGGUGCAGAGGGUUUGCUCAAACCCGCCCUGUGAAACGCACGAGACCGGGACCACCAACACUGCCACCACUGCAACCUGCAGCAUGGAGACAGGCGAAGGCACAGCCACCCAGCAGACAGAAGAAGGAGCAGAAGGCACCAGCAGCACAGAGGUGGCCUCCACCACUGCAGCAGCUGGCAUUGCUACCACCACCCAAGGCAGGGCCAUCACCACUGUCACUCAGUCUACACCAGCCCCCGGACCCUCAGUACCAUCGAUUUCAUCAAUCACAGAGGGGGUGAGCACUGCUACCAGCUCCACAGAGGAGCCCAUGCAAACCGAUGAGGCUGCAUCAGCAGAAGCUGCACCUGCUGAGGAGGGAGCACCAGCCAUGGACACACAAGCAGAGGGAGACGCAGCAGCUACGACAGCCUUGAACCUUCCUUCAGAGCUGAUGUCUGAGGGCCAGGGAGCCACACUGAUGGUGACGGGGCUGUCCGAUGAGGAGCUGGCUGUCACUGCUGCAGCAGAAGCCGCUGCUCAGGCAGCAGCUACCGAAGAAGCCCAGGCUCUUGCCAUCCAGGCCGUCCUCCAGGCAGCUCAGCAGGCUGUGAUGAAUGAAAGUGAUUCUGCUGGAGACGGCCAGCAAACUACCAACAUCCCCAUCAUGCUGACCCAGCAAGAGCUUGCAGCCCUGGUCCAACAGCAGCAGCAGCUGCAGGAGGCUCAAGCUGCCGCCCAGCAGGCCGCUGUGGACACAAACCUGCCCACCGAGGGUCUGGCACCUGCUGAUAGUCUCAAUGACCCAUCUGUCGAAAGCAACGGACACAACGAAAUGGCUGCCUCGGUUACUAGUGCCGUGGCAUCCCUCCUACCACGUACCACAGCUGAAACUCUUGCUCCAUCAAGUACGUUUGCACCAUCUGUAUCGGUGGCAAGUCCAGCCAAGCUGCAAGCAGCAGCCACACUUGCAGAGGUUGCCAAUGGCAUUGAGGGAGAGAAGCAAGCCCCUCAGCCAACUCCAGUUAAGCCUGUUGUAAAGAAGGAGAACCAGUGGUUCGAUGUUGGAAUUGUAAAAGUGACUAAUAUGGUGGUCACUCAUUUCUACGUGCCAGCAGAUGAUUCUCAAGGAGAUGAUGACUCCGGCAUCAUGCCGGAUUACAGCCAGAUGAAGAAAAUGGAGCUUCAGCCUGGCACCGCUUACAAGUUCCGUGUUGCUGGAAUCAACGCUUGCGGUCGUGGAGCUUUCUCAGAGAUUUCUGCUUUCAAGACUUGUCUACCUGGCUUCCCGGGAGCACCUUGUGCUAUUAAAAUCAGCAAGAGCCCAGAUGGUGCACACUUGACCUGGGAGCCGCCCUCCGUGACAUCAGGGAAGAUCAUAGAGUACUCUGUGUACCUGGCCAUUCAGAGCAACCAGACAGCUGAGGCCAAGGCCUCCACCCCGGCCCAACUUGCCUUCAUGCGAGUGUAUUGUGGACCCAACCCCUCUUGCCUGGUGCAGUCGUCCAGCCUCUCCAACGCCCACAUUGACUACACCACAAAGCCAGCAAUCAUCUUCCGCAUUGCCGCCCGCAACGAGAAGGGCUACGGUCCUGCCACCCAAGUUCGAUGGCUGCAGGAAUCAGGCAAAGAUGGUGCUUCUGCAAAACCUGCCCCCAAGAGACCAGGCACCUCUCCUGAUACUAAGACUACUGGUCCUAAGAAAGCAAGGAUGGACCAGUGAGGUUGCCCAGAGACCCCUCCCAGUCUUUUGUCUUUGUUUUUUUUUUUUUCUUCUUUUUUUGUUAUGUUUUUUCCCUUCCCUGCUCAUCCUUUUUAUCAGAAAGACUGACCUUCACCCCUCCUCAUCCUCAUCCUAAUCUCAUCCUCCACCCCCACGUCUCAGAUCAAGAAGCAGCGGAUGAAGAACAACCGUAUGAAGCCAAGAUGAAAGAAUCUGAGAGAUGUUUGUAGAUAAAACCCUCCUUCCUCCUUCUGUUGGUCGUACUAUAUUUUUAGAGCAAGACAAACCUAGAAGCACAUUAUCUUUUCCAGCCACAUCCCUCUUUCAUCCUUUUUAACAUCUAUUUUUGGCUUGUUUCAAGUAGUUGAACAUUAUAGAGAAGCAUUUACAUCUUUCACAAACUGGGAGCCAGCCUGAGCGCAAUGUUGUUUUUUUUAUUGUGUUUUGUGAAUUCUUGGGGAAUGUAGAGAGAGACUACAUGAAAUGUUGUACAGUGUUUGGAAAAAAAGGCUGUGGAGGCAGUAGUUUAGAUGAUCGGUAAAAUCGGUAUGGAAACAAAUAAAGCACUUGUCCUCAAUGAACGAGGGCAUCUUUUGGUUUUUUGGGUUUUUUUUUCUCCCCCAACUUUUUUGGUCAAAACAAAUUUGCUUCAUCGAGAACCAAGUCUGUACAGUCAUCAUACCGGACGCCAGUCUCCUGGCAACAUCAUCACUGUGCGCUUUUUACCCCAAGAUGAGGACUGAUGGCCGACUUCGGAGUGGACGAGAACGACAAAGGAAGAGAUUUGUAGAGAAAGAACGACGGACUUUGUUAGGAUAGAGACUUGCAGCACACACACAUUAAAAAAGAAAAAGAAAAAAAAAAAAACUUGUUAAACCUUCCCAAAAAUUAGCAAGCAAUGACGCAGAAGAUCUUUUGUGUAGUUUAUUUUUGUAUUUUUUAAGCUUUUUUUUCCUCCUGUGUGUAUGUGUAUGUUGUGUGCAUUUUUAAAAGAGAAACAUCACUUUUUUUAACUGUUCAUCCCCAUGGUUUGUGUUCGUGGAAAGAUGGGUGGCUGUGUUGAGGUUGCCACUAUAUUUUUAAAAGAAAUCUUCGUUCAGUUGGUUGUAUGUUCGAGUUAACAGGCGGCAACGAAAGAGAGACUUUUGUAUUCGUUCCAAGUAGAGGUGCAGAGGUUAUAGGACUGAAGGGAACUUUGAAGUGGACCCAGGGAGAGGAGUGUUUCUAUUCGUUUACUACUCGACGCUUGUGUUGCUUCGUUUGCCAAACAUGGAAUUUCCCGGGAUACAAGGAAAGCUGACAUCAGAUCUCACGUCUUUCCUCCUGGUAUCCGGAUCUGUUCUCUGCUUAUUAUGCUCAUGAAUGUGGUGUCUCACCCCUACUUUUUUUUUCUUUUCUUUUUUUUAGAGGCAAUUUAUAUUAGUAGUUAUUUUCCCUUCCCUAUUGAUGUAUGUGAAUCCAUUUAAUAAAUUUUAAUUUUUUUCCUUCCACGGCUCUGUAUUUCAGACUGCAGAUGGUGUGCAAGCUGUGACUUGUAAACGCGUUUGUCUUUGAAUGGGGAUGUCUUUGGGAAGAAGAGCUUACAGCCGGAGAGUACUCACUUGUAAAUUACUUCCUUCAUAGAGCAAGACUUAAAAAAAGGAAAAAAAAUCAUCUUGGCCUUUUAUAUAAUUACCUGUAACAAACUGUUUUUACAUGUUGGUCAUCUCUUGAUUGCCUUUUGUGUCUUUACUUAUAAAAGAAACAAAUAUAUAUAUAUAAAUAUAUAUAGUCUCCCUGAUUGUUCUAAUUUGCUUCUGUCAAGCUGAUUCACUGUAGGAGUCUGAGUCACUGCUAGGGUCAUUACAGUCCACACUUCGUACAGGGAGACGGUUUCUGGCUGGACAUGAGUGUAUAUCUACUUUGUGAUGGUAACGGCUGAAAGAGCAGAGCCAAGGUUUCCGCUUGCCGCCUUUUCUCCGGCUCGCACCUUGGCUUCGGUUUGUGAUUUCUCCCGAUUUCUUUCUAGAAACAAACUUUCUCUUCAUAUGCAUUCAUAAUUUUUGUGCGUGUCAGUGUGUCUGUUGAACAAAACUAGACAUGCAUGCAAAGCAGUGUAUUUUAGUAGUGAUGCCUUAAGUUAGACCAUAAGCUGAAGGUUCUCCAAAAGAAAAGAAAAAAAAAAAAGAAAAAAAACAUUUAAUGAGUUUGUUCCUCUCUCCAUGUGGUAUACAGUUGUGUCCUUUCCCUCCACAGUACCUUUGCUGGGUCACUAUUUUUGCACCCUUGUUAGAUAGGUCAUCAUCAGCAGUGCCGAGGUCUCUCUGGACUUUCCCUCCCGCUCUGGGACGAGUGCUCAUCAGCACUGGCAGGUUGUUCCCAGCUUCUCUCGGCUGUUUGCAGGUUAUCUGGAAAUGUCCUGUAUUUUCCAAUGUGUGUUUUUUGUACUGUAGGGAGUAAUGUAUCUUUUAUCAUCAAAAAGAAAAAAUAAACAUGUUAAACAGA